UUGCCGAGCAUGGUUCCUGGCCUAAUAAUCAUAAUAAUGAUGGCAGACUGCAAUCUCUGGCAAUGGCAGCCAUACCAGUCAUACACCUGGUACAGGGGAGGAAUCACACACUUGUCCAUAUUAAAAACAGUUCAUGGUAAGAGUCUCCCAAGGGGUGACAGAAAGCAGGCAAAUGGAAAGGGGCACCAUUUCAAACCUCAGUUCACACAGAAUAUAUGCUUUGCCUGCUGCCACUUUCCUUAAAACCCAUAAGCAAAUCCUACUCUCCCAUCCACUCAUGUGGGUCCAGAUGGGCAUGCAAAACUGGGCUUGGAAAUUGAGACCCUGUCUUGUUUGCAUCUGUGAUGCCAGGCCCUGGCCCUCUGGGGACCUGUUGUUACAGAAACACCUGGGUUUAUUAAAAGCUUCUGCACCACCCACAGCACUGAACCAUCAUUCUUCUGCCCUAACGCUGAGCCCUUGUGUGUAUCCAACAGGUACUCUAAAGCAACACUAGCCUUCUAAGUUUACUGUCAGGACCUUUGAUGCACUCACUUUGGGAUAGAUUACAAGCAAGAGCCAGAGGCCUUGUGAAGGAAGUAGCCCAGAAUGUGCACUUCUCUGCUGAGUGACAAGUGAGUCUGGGAUUCCCCAGGUGAGAAGGGACACCAUGGUGCCUCUGACUCCUGUCAUAACCGUUUCCUAUGAAAUGAAGAACGCAUUUCUGUUCUUUUCGGUCCUGGAGUUUGCAGUAGGAAUCCUAGUCAAUGCCUUCAUUGUCUCGGUGAAUUUUUGGGACGUGGUGAGGAGGCAGCCACUGAGCAACUGUGACCUUGUCCUGCUAAGCCUCAGCCUCACGCGGCUGUUCCUGCACGGGGUGCUCUUUCUGGAUGCCGUCCAGCUCACCCACUUCCAGAGGAUGAAGGACCCACUGAGUCUCAGCUACCAAACCACCAUCAUGCUCUGGAUGAUCAUAAAUCAAGCUGGCCUGUGGUUCACCACCUGCCUUAGUCUCUUCUACUGCUCCAAGAUUGUCCGUUUCUCUCGCACCUUCCUGCUCUGCUUGGCCAGCUGGAUCUCCAGGAAGACACCCCGGAUGCUCUUGGGUGCCGUUCUUUUCUCCUGCCUCUGCACUGUUUUUUGCUUAUGACUUUUUAGUAGCUCUCACUUCUCAGUCACAACUAGGUUAUCAAUGAAUAACAAUACGGAGCUCAAUUUGAAAACUGCAAACCUCCGUUUCUCUCGUUCCUUCCUCUUCUGCAGCCUGGGGUCCAUCCCUCCUUUCUUGCUUUUUCUGGUUUCUUCCGGGCUGCUGAUUGCCUCCCUGGCAAGGCACAUGACGACAAUGAGGGCCCAAACCAGGGACUCUCGGGAUCCCAGCCUGGAGGCCCAUUUUAAAGCGCUCAGAACUCUCGUCUCCUUUUUCUGCCUGUACAUGGUGUCCUUCUGUGCCGCCGUAAUCUCGGUGCCUUUACUGAUGCUCUGGCACAACAAGAUCGGGGUAAUGGUCUGUGUAGGGAUACUGGCAGCCUGUCCCUCGGGACACGCAGUCAUCCUGAUUGCCGGCAAUGCCAAGCUGAGGAGAGCAGUGGAGACCCUUCUCCUCUGGGCUCAGAGAAGCCUAAGGCUAAGGGUAGACCGCAAGGCAGAUCCCAGGACACCAGAUCUAAGCUGAGAGCGGACACGAAACGGGCUCUUUGUGACUAUGCCUCUGACUGUUCAUAAAGCCUCCAGACACCCAUUCCAGGGAGUU